AUGUACACUAAAGUCCUCCUCAUUUUUAUUCUUCUCUGCGUUGGAUAUGCGAACUCAAAUUUUGCCACCCGUCGCAGAAGGCCACAAAGGCAUCACAGGACACAUAUACCAAAUACUCGACCAGCUCCACCACCUGUCACGCGCAAAGUCACGAACCUGUGUGAGAAAGUAGUCGGACAUGAUUUCCUCGCCAACCCUGACGAUUGUUCCAGGUACAUAUUGUGUAUUGGUACAACGCUUCACGAUCUUAGCUGUGGAAAUCAGGUCUGGGACGACCAGGACCGCAAAUGUGUUGAGAAAGGCACGACCAUAGGUCCCGACCCAUGUCAAAAGCCUAAGAGAUGGGGUCCACCUCAGGUAUAUGCGUCCCCUCCACGUAAGGUACCUGGAGGACGUAACGCUAAAUGGAGGUUUGCCAAGCCCGUGUGUACUGCUGGAUCGACCCGAAGGAUCGCCCAUCCGAGUAAAUGUGCGCAAUAUUACGACUGUGGUUCGAACCCUCAGGAGGACUGGUGGGGAACCAACCUCAGGGAAUGCCCCUAUCCUCUUCUCUUUAAUGUUCGUUUCGCCCAGUGUGAUCAUUACUCCAACGUUAGGUGUGGACGCAGGACUGUACCCCUCGAUCCCUGUGACUACAUUGCCAAUCAAUGUAGAACGAUCUCUUGUCCUCCGUGUAUCAUGCGUUACGGAACAUGCAAAGGCCUUCCGAAUGGACUUCAUCCAUGGAAGAACAGGGAACAAACACCACACUUUUUGGUUUGCAAAGAUCAACGCGUUGUGUUCCAUGGAAAAUGUAUGUCCCCGACCCCAGGGUACAAAUUUGUGUUCGAUCCAGUCAUCCACACCUGUCUCCAGCCCAAGGAUGGUUACAAAUUCCCUUAA